AUGAUCAGAUUUUUACGAAAUAAUAAUAAAAGAAAUAUUAGAAAUUACUGUACAAUAAAAAAUAAUUCAUCAUCAACUUUAAAUAAUAAUAAGGAAAAAGGUGAGGAUUAUUAUGAUGAUGAAAACCCAGAAAAUCAAUCAUUUAAUUGGUUAACCAAAAGAAUUGACAAAAAAGUAAAUAAAUAUGAAAAACCAAUUGAAACCAAUUCCAGCAAUACAGCAAUAGGUACAAAUAGUAGCACCAUUAACACAAAUAACAGUACAUUUAACAAUACAUUCAAAAAUUAUUUUAAUUUAUUAAAAGAUGAAUAUUUAAAAGAAGAGUUAAAAAAUGCAAGUAUAGAAAUACAGAGCAACAAACCAAUUGACCGUGCAAAUCUAACAUUAGCAACAUUAAUUCGAGUUUGUGGUAAAUUAACAGAUGAAGAAUCAAGAGUUAAAGAAAUAAUUAAGAAAUUAUUACUAUUGAACGGCAUCAAUCAGUAUACAAUCGAAAAUGUUCAAGAUAUAGACAGUUUUAAAUUUUCACUGGAUCAAGUCGAAUCAUUGAUGUCAGAGUAUUUACUAAGGGGUAACAAUGUUAUGGUUAAGCAGGUUUUUGACUUUACUCAAUCAAAUAAAGAUAGAUUUUCAGAUUUUCAUCAAAAAUCUAAACUCGAAAAUAUAUAUUAUCUCUAUAUGGAAUCAUUGUCAAAUAAUGGUGAUAUCAAACAACUAUUAAAACUAUCUGGAGAGAUGGAACAAGAGAACCAAAUCAAACCCAAUCAAAAUAAAAUUACAAAACUCAUUUGUUUGGGUUAUUCAAAUUCAAACCAGGGAGAGAAGGCAUACAACUAUUUAAAAAAUUCACCAAAGCAACAACAACAAGAUAUCGAUAUAGCCAUCCUAAAUUCAAUUUUAAACUGUUUUUCAAGACAAGGAAACCUUAAAUUAAUGGAGACCGUUUACAAUGAAAUGAUCAUCAAAAAGCAGGACCACAACACAAUACAAAUCUUAGUUGAGGGAUAUCUAAAGGUACACCAAACAGAUAGGGCUAUACAAUUAUUAAAAGAAUUUGACACCCAUGAAAGAAAGAUAGCCAAUACUACACAAACAUUUAAUCAAAUUUUUAUUCAAUUGGGCAAAAGCAACAGACUUGAUGAAAUGAUGGAUCUCUUUGAAAAUGUUAUGAUGAGACCCAAUAAACUAAUGGUAGAAUCCCUCUCGACCGAAACUGACUUUGAAUUAUUAUCAAAAUUACAAGACCAAGUAGUAUCAAAUUUUAAACCAAAUAUCAACACAGUAAACUAUUUGAUAAAUGCAUGUUGCCAAUCAAAUAACAUCGAUAAAGCAUUCGAAUUGUUCAACUAUUUAAUUCCAAAAUAUAAUUUACAAGCAAACAGUGAAACCUUUUCCAAUUUAGAAGCAAUCUCAUUUAAGUUCAAGAAAAUGGAUCUAUACAAUCAAUACUGUUCAAAUGAUUUCCAUAUUGUUAAAAAAGAAGAUUAA